UCGGCUGGGAGCGGGUGAGGGCGGAGAGCUCCGGCCGGGAGUACCAUGGCACCCCGAGGUGGUCCCCACACACUGCUGCUGCUGCUGCUGCUGGCCCACCAGCCCCCUGCCUUCCAUGCGGGACCCUCAGCUGCAGUCUCUUUCUUCGGGGACAGCUUCGUGGAGAUGCCCCUGGCGGACGCCUCGCGGACGGUGCGGCUGCGGCUCCAGCUGUACACCGGGCAGAGCAACGGGCUGCUCUUCCUGGCCGCCGGGCAGCCCGACCACCUCCUGCUGCAGCUGCGAGCCGGCACCCUGCAGGCCAGGCUGCGGCUGGGCUCAGAAGAGGUGACACUGCAGUCCCCAGCAGAGCUGCAGCUGGACAACCUGGCGCUGCACGAUGUGGAGCUGCUGCUGGAGGAUGGCAGGAUGACACUGACCAUCGACGGCCUCUUCAACAGCUCCGUGGACAUCGCAGGGCCCAUGCGGGAGUUGGACAUCCAGCACGGCCUCUAUGCAGGCGGGACAGGCAGCCUCAACCUGCCGUACCUUGCCGGGGUCAGCCCACCCUUCAGGGGCUGCCUCCACACUGUGACAUUCAAUGGUCUGGAUGUCCUUUCCCCGCUGUCCUCUGACAGCAGCUCCAAGGUCUUCCACCAGGUGCAGGAAGGCUGCAGCGCGCAGUUCUCUGCAGAGCCUGAGGAGCCCAUUGGAUUCCUAGGGCCACAGUCCUACAUUGCCUUCCCCACAUGGGAGGCAAGAGAGGAGGGGACCAUCGAGUUUGUGAUCACCACGAGCAUCACCCAGGCACCCCUCCUCUACCACGCAGGGCUGGAGAAUGACUUCUUCUAUCUGGAGAUCUCCAACGGGCGCCUGAGAGGGUUUGUUGAGAAGGGCAAUGGUGUCAUCGUCCUGCACAACAACAUCUUCAUCAGCGAUGAGCAGCAGCAUUACGUCAAGGUCUACACCAACACACACAAGCUGGAGAUCCUCAUUGACUACUAUGCCUCAUCCACGUCCAAUCGGGGCAUCAACAGCCGCCUGGAUCUCCAAGGAAACCUUUUCAUUGGAGGCAUGAAUGACAAAGCCUUGCAAAGGCUCAGGGCGCACCACCUUGCUUUCACUUCAGUGUGGACCUUGACCAACACCUCAUUUAUAGGCUGCAUGGAGGACCUGCGCAUAAACCAGCAGCGGAGGAGCCUGCAGGAUGCUGUGGUGACGAGGGAUGUCACAGUUGGCUGUGGAAGGCAGGAGAACUACUGGGACUAUGAGGAGGCUUAUGAGCAGGACGAGGCGCCCACCUCGCCACCUCCUGAUGCCUGGCAUGGAGCUCUGGCUCUGGCAGAACCAUGCCAGCCAGAUGGCAGCUUCCCACCUGCCUUCGCCAACAUCAGCCGGCUGCUGCAUGUCAGCCCCCUCAUCGUCUCCGAAGGGGGCAUGGCCUUUGUGGAAUGGAAACAUGCACAGCCCACGGUGGACUUGGGCCUUGCAGGCAUCCGGCAGUCCCAAAUCCUCUUCAGCAUCACCAGUGACCCAAGGCAUGGUGAGCUGGAGCUGGACAUCCCCGGCUCCCGGAGCAGAAAGAAGUUCACCUUGUUGGACAUCGUGAAUCGCAAAGUCAGGUACAUCCACGACGGCUCCGAGGGCCCCAUGGACCAGCUGAUGCUGGAGGUGACAGUGACUGCCCAGCAAGGGAUCCCUGAGUGCCUGCGGCAGGGGCAGACCUACCUGCUGCCCAUCAUGGUCAACCCUAUCAACGAUGCCCCGCAGGUGAUCUUUCCCCAUGGGAACCACAUGACGAUCCUGAAGCACACACGGAAGCACCUGACCAUGGACAUCCUGCAGGCCCUGGAUGACGACACAUCCUGCGACGACCUUGAGUUCCAGCUGCACGGGGGGCAGCAGGACGAGGGCUACGUGGAAUACGACUUCCACCCUGGCGUGCCCAUCGAGGAGUUCUCCUGCAGGGACCUGGAAGCAGGCAAUGUGGUCUACGUGCAUCAGAGCGGGACAGAUUUGCAGCUCACUUUCCAGGUGAGUGAUGGCACAGUGCCAAGCCCCACUGCCACCCUGAGGAUCCUUGCAAUAGAGCCCAUCAUCCGCUUGCACAACAACACUGGGCUCGCCAUCUCCCAAGGCGGAGCUGUGCGCAUCACCACGGCCAACCUGUCUGUGGAGACAAAUGCUGUGAAGCAACGGGUUGCCAUCCUGUACAGCCUCACAGAGCCCCUCAGGUACGGUGAGAUCCAGAAACAAGGGAGCAUAGGAGGGGAAUGGAAAAAAGUUGAGUCCUUCCACCAGCAAGACCUGGAGCAAGGGCGUAUCCAGUAUUUCAGCACAGAUCCAGAGCACCGGCAGGAAGAUAUCACGGAGAAGCUAAGAUUCAGUGUCCAGGUGGGACAGAAGGUCUUGCCAAACAAUACCUUUACCAUAAGUAUUAAAAGAGCCACCAUUAAGAUGAAGACUAUGGUCCCCCUCCAGAUGAAGAACAAGCGGCACAAAAACAUCACCAGCAGGGAGCUGGAGGCAAUGCUGGAAGACCCAAACUCUGCCCCGGUCCCCUUCCACUAUGUGAUCAUCCAGGCUCCCAAGAAGGGGAACCUGGAGCUCCUCGGCAACAGACUGAAUGAAGGCUUUGGGUUUACCCAGGAUGAUCUGCAGAGAAAUCACCUGAGCUACAGUGCGACCAUCAGGAAUGCUCAGCAGGCUGAGGACAGCUUCCAGUUCCGUGUCCAUGCUGGUGAGGAGCACUCCCCUGUGUACACCUACACAAUUGGCAUCGGUGGGGACCCCAACGCACCCGACCUGACCAAUGUCCUCCUGACCGUGCCUGAAGGCGGACAAGCUGUCAUCUCCAAGGACCAUCUCUUUGUGCAGAGCCUGAACAGCAUGGACUACAUCUAUGAAGUGAUUGAGGGGCCGGCACACGGCAGGCUGGCUUGGGCUACAUCCCUUGGCUGGCCCUCUGGGGAGGAAAUAACAGAGUUCACCAAUGACGACAUCCUCCACCGCCGGCUGCUCUACCAGCAUGAUGACUCCGAGACCCUGGAAGAUGAUAUCCCUUUUGUGGCCAUCAGGCAGGGCGAGGGCAGCUCUGAGCCUGAGGCAGAGGAGGUGAGGGGUGUGUUCAGGGUCUCCAUCCAGCCUAUCAAUGACCACACUCCUGUCCAGGUGGUGAACAAGGUCUUCAACGUGGUGCGCAAUGGGCAGCACCUGCUGACGACAGAUGACAUUGCCUUCACUGACAAGGACUCUGGCUUCUCUGAUGCACAGCUGGUGUUGGCAAGGAGGGACAUCUUGUUUGGCAGCAUCGUAUCUGUCGAUGACAGAAGCCACCAGCUCUACAGGUUCACCCAGGAUGACCUGAGAAAGAAAAAGAUUCUCUUUGUCCAUUCGGGAGCAGACCGGGGCUGGAUCCAGCUGCAGGUCUCCGAUGGCCUCCACCAAACCACUGCCCUCCUGGAGGUACAAGCAUCAGAACCCUACAUCAGAAUAGUCAACAACACUGGCCUAGCCAUCCCCCAAGGGAGCCGAGGGAGCAUUGAUUCCUCUGUCCUCAGCCUGGAGACCAACAUGGACAUCAGGUCAGACGAAGAGAUACGGUUCCUGGUAACGGUCCCACCGAGGUGGGGGACUGUGCUGCGAGGGGAGCAGCCGGUCAUGGCCUUCUCACAGCGGGACCUGCUGUCAGGAGAGAUCUCCUACCACCACAAUGGAAGCAGAAACACCCGUGAUGAGCUCCAGUUCACUGUGGAAGCAAAUGAGGUGGCAGUAGAGGACACACUGGCCAUCACCAUCUUCUUGAACACCCACCCCAGUCCAUUGCACAUUGUCAACAACAAGGAGAUACGCGUCUUCCAAGGGGAAGCUGCUGAGAUCAAGGAGGAGCACUUGCUGGUGACCCACGAGGAGAUCCCACCCCAGGAUAUCGUCUACCUGGUGAGCAGCCCCCCAGUCUCUGGCUUCCUGGUGAUGGUUCAACACGGCCAGGACUCGGAUGAGCCACCCAGCCUGGAUCCCAUCCAGUCCUUCACCCAAGAAGACAUCAACAGUGGCCAAGUGCUUUACCUGCACUCCAAGCCAGAGGAGGAACGGGACCGGUUUGUCGUGGAUGUCACGGCUGGGGGAGCAGACCCACUGGUGGGGGUGGCCGUCAGCCUGGUUGUGCUCCCUGCCACCAUCCCCCUGGACAUCCACAACAUCACAGUGCCAGGAGGAAGCUCUGCCACCAUCUCCACAGCAGUCCUCAACAUCCCCAGUGCCUACUUUGCAGCCCUUGACAUGCAGUUCACGGUGCUCCAGCCUCCCCGCUUUGGCACCAUCCUGAACAGACAGCGGCCCCAGGAUGGGGGGCUGCACAGCUUCACCUGGAGUGAGGUUCAGAGCCAACAAAUCCAGUACCGGCAGGACAUUCCCCAUGCCCAGACCGACAGCUUCAUGCUUGUGGCCAACGCCUCGACCUCCGAGAGGCAGAGCCAACCCGGGACUGUCUUCAUCACCAUCCUGCCCCGAGGCACCAAAGGGCCCCGACUGCGCACCAACGCCGGGCUCCAGCUGCGGGAAGGCACCGCUGCCACCAUUGGCCCCCAAGCUCUGCGUGCUGAGGAUGAGGACAGCCCAGCGGCCGAGGUCACCUUCUCCAUCCAGCCUCCAGCUAAUGGCAGGGUGGUGCUGCGCUCAGCGCCCGGCACGGCACUGCGGAGCUUCACACAAGCACAGAUUGACAGCGGCGUCAUCCUCUUUGUGCACCAAGGGCCCCUGGAUGGAGGCUUUGCCUUUGACCUGUGGGACGGUGAGAACCUGUCUCCUGGGCACUUCUUCCUCGUCAGGGCGCACAGAGAGGAGCACAUCAGCCUGGCCAAGAAGAAGAGUCUCACCCUCUGCCCAGGUGCCCUGCAGCCCAUCACCAGUGAGAACCUGCAGGCGGUGAGCAGCAGCCCUGCUGGCCCUGCUGCCCUGUACUACAGCAUCGAGCAGGCACCGCGCCUGGGGCAGCUACGUACAGCCCGUGGGGAUGAAGUCAGGAACUUCACCCAGGCCCAGGUGGAUGCUGGGAUGAUUUUCUACCAGCACGAGAUGCCGGAGGAGCCCUUCUGGCUCGCCCAGGAUGCCAUUCGCUUCCGCGUGGUUGCUCCCACCACCAUCUCUGACUCCUUCAUCCUGCUGGUGCUGAUAUCAUUCGAGGCGAAGUGUCCCCAGCGCUCGACUCAGCUAUGGAGAAAUGCAGGUCUCCAUCUCAUAGAGGCUCAACGAGCAGAGAUCAGCACCUCCCUGCUGGAUGCAUCCAACCUCCUGAGCCAGAUCCCAGCCCCGGAGCAGGACGCACAUGAUGUCAUCUUCCUGGUGACGGAGCUGCCGGCGCAUGGACAGCUCUGGGUGGCUGAUACACCUCUGGAGCACUCACAGUCCUUCUUCCUGCAGUCAGACCUGGCUGCUGGGCGCCUGGUGUAUGCACACCAUGAGAACGGUGGCACCAAGGACCAAUUCCAGUUCAAAGCCUGGCUCCGGCCGCGGGCGCAGCGCUCCAUCCAUCCCCCCCAGGGAGGGGUGCUCAUCUCUGAAGCUUUCAAUGUGACGGUGAGCAGAAGCAGCCAGAAGCCCCCGCAGGUGGUGAAGCGGCAAGGAGUGCUGCGGGUGCUGCCCAACUCCACCAUCACCUUGUCCAGGCAGCACCUGGACGUGGCAGAGCCUCAGGGCUCCCCAGAGGAGCUGGUGUACAGCCUGCUGCGCAGCCCCCAGGCCGGACACCUGGUUGAUGCUGGCAACCCACGGGUGCCCAUCAAGCGCUUUACGCAGGCAGACAUCAAUGCGGGCCACGUGCUGUUGGUCACUGCAGCCCAUGGUGCUCAGGAGUCCCUGGUGCUGAGCCUGUCUGACGGCCAGCACCCGCCUACCCGCAUCUCACUGGAGGUGGUGGUGCUGCCUACAGGCAAUGCAGAGCUGCUGGAGGUGCCUCAGGAGCUGAAUAGGGCCACGUUGUCCCCACAGCACAUGGCUCCACGGCUUGGGGAGGGUGAUGCCCUUUACACCAUCACCAUGGAGCCAAGGUUUGGCCAAGUGCAGGUCAACAGAAAGCCAGCACAGGGCUUCUCACAGGCACAGCUGGAGCGCGGGGAGGUGACCUUCACUUUCACCAAGCUCACCUCAUCUGAGGACAGCUUCCAGUUCCUCACCAGGACACAAACAAUGAACAGCACUGGGGUGGUGAACGUCACUGUCCGUGCCUUGGUGACAGCACGGCCGGGCAGUGUGUGGCCCAGGGGCACCACAGUCCUGCUGGAUACCAGCACGCUGGAUGCCAGUGGGCUGGCCAACCUCACCCACAGCAUCCCAGUCUUCAGGCUCCGCCAGCCACCCCGUAGCAGCCGCCUCAUCAGGAGGCCCCGUGCGCCAGGACAGCCCGUCAUCCCCAUUGAAUCCUUCAGCCAGAGGGAGCUGGAGCAAGGGCUGGUGGGGCUGGAGGUGCUGGAUGAUGGGGACACAAACCAGCAGCACCCGCACACUGACAGCUUCACCUUUGAGCUGGUGGCUGCCGGCGUGCCACCAGCACUGGUGUCCCUGGGGUACAUCACCGAGCCCUACAAUGCCUCUAAAUCCUACGGUGUCACCCUGCUCCUGGCCCCACCAGCACCAUCAUCCCUGGUGCCACAAGACACAGCACGGAGCAGCCCCAAUGCCAGCGAGCCAGGCUCUGUGCCCCCACCCACCAGCCCCAGCCCUGGGGAGGGAGGCACCUUCCUAGGCUUCAUCGAGGCCAACAUGUUCAGCAUCAUCAUCCCCAUCUGCCUCAUCAUCCUCCUGCUGGCCCUCAUCCUGCCCCUGCUCUUCUACCUGCACAAGCGCAACAAGACGGGCAAGCACCACGUGCAGGGCUCACCUGCCUCCAAGGCCAAGAACGGGGCUGUACCGGAGCAGGAGACCUUCCGUAAGACAGACCCCAACCAAGGCAUCCCCCUAACGACUGUCAAUGCCCUGGAUGGCAAAGGCACAGCUCUGCCACCGCAGGGUCCCGGCGUGCCGGCUGACCCCGAGCUGCUGCAGUACUGCCGGACAUCCAACCCUGCCCUGAAAAACAACCAGUACUGGGUGUGAGGGUGCAGGGCGGGGGCACGAGUGGUGGGAGCCCCCCAGAGCAUCACCUCCUCCUCCGGGGGAGCCGGCAUCCCGCGGGCGCAGCAGGACCUGGGGACGGGGGGCUGCCAGCACAGCCACCCAGGACCCCUCCAUCUCCAUAGUGCUUUGGGCAGAGGGGCAAGUGGGUUGGGAGGGGGGGGAGCAAAACGCCAUCAGGGAGCGCUGCCAUCGGGUGCGCACUGGGGGCACCUGAGGUUGGCUGAGGUGCUGGGGGUGCAGGUGGGUGAGAGGGAUGAAGACGAGCAGCUUUGCACCACGUCAGACUCAGGAUGGAGCCGCAUGAAUCCCCCAGGGCGAGGCAGGCUGCAGGGAUGGAGCAGAGGCUUGGAAACACCCCAUGGCCAACGCCAAGGGGAUCCAAGGAGAUCCAAGGAGCCCCUGCCCACCCCAGGAAGAGCAAUGAGCAAAACACAUCAUGCUGCUUCCAAACACCCAGAGCAGCCAUGGCUGCACACAGGGCCAGGUGCCCACAGAGGCACAAAGCUGGAGGGGGGAGCGGGCACGGCUUGGUUUCCCAUUGUAUGCUCCUGUCUGGUAGGAGUGCACAGAAUAAAGGGCCUUUCCCGAGGUGCA